AUGAAAGAUUCGAAUAAAAAUUUGGAAAAAGAAGUUUUUAAUGUUAAAAAUAAAAAUAAAAUUGUGUUAGAAAAAGGAGAAACGAGUAAAAGUAAGCAAACUAAAAAUCCAAGAAUUAUUCGAAAAUACAAAGCUAGAAAAAGUAAAGCAUUAGAAGAUGAGAAAAUUGCUGAAGAAAUUGCCCUUGAAGUGCUUAAUAGCAAGUUUAAUGAGAAUAAUAUGACUGAAGAUGCUUUGAAAAUAAAUGAGAAUAUUGAAAAUAAAAAAGAUAAACAAAUUAUCGAAACAAAUCAAAUAAUUGGUAAAGACAAAGAAAAUAUUCAAGAACCAAUAAUGGAGGAUAAUGAAAAUUUAAACGAAGAAACAACAGAAAAUGACUCAAUGAAUCAUUCUCAACACAAUAAAAUAAUUGAUCACCCACAACAAGAACACCAAGAAGUUGAACAAAUGGCAAUAGAAAAUAAUGAACAAACAGAGAAAUUAGAUGAUGAAUUUGCCGAAUUAUCAGAUAUUGAAGAGGGUAAAAUCAACACAACUAGCAAAGUAUCAUUGAAUGAUGCGUUUACGAUGAAUUCAGCUGUCGAUAUGGAAUUUGGUAAUUAA